GAAAAUGAAUUUACAAAUUGAUCAAAAGGAGUGGUUCAAAGUGACGGAAUAUUUACCGACCUCUUAGCUUUUUUCUAUUAUAUAAGACACCUUUGCUCUUCCUUACCUUCCAUCGAUCGAUCAACUCGACCUUGAGAUAUUAGAAAUUUGUUCAAUCACUAACAGUAUUUUAGUAGUGUUCUAAGGGAAGAAAUGGCUCAGCUUCGAAGUGUUGAAGGCCAAGUUGAGCUCAAGUGUCAUGCUGACAAUUUCUUUGAUGUUUGGGCUGGCAAAGCUCACCUUAUUUCCAAAAUAAGCCCUAACAAAAUUGCCAAAGUUGAGCUUGUUGAGGGCGAGUGGAAUAAGGUUGGUGCUGUCAUUAGCUGGACAUAUCUCAUCGAUGAUAACGGUGAAACUUCAUUAAUUUCCGCCAAGACAAGAGUUGAAGAGCUGAAUUUCAAGAACAGGUCGUUGAGCUAAAAUAUCCUUGACGGAUAUGUCAUGCAAAGUUACUACAAGUCCUUCAAGCCCAAGAUGGAAGUCAUUCCACGGCGAGGGCUGCAUUAUGAAGUGGAGCAUUGAAUAUGAGAAGAUGAACGAGGAUGCUGCUGAACCAAAAAUGCACGUUGCUUUAUCACUCGAGCUUGCAAAAGAAAUCGAUGCUCAUGGUUGCAGCGCUUGAUGAUGAAGAUAAGCCAUUGAAGUUAAUUUUUGUGUGAUUUGAUUAAGAAGAAAUAAUGAUAACAGCUGAGUAUUUAUACAAGAAAGUAAAUAGCAUAAUUUCCUCAACAAAUUAGUAUUAGUUGUAACAAACUAGUGAGCUGGCAAAGUUUGUGUUUGUUAUAGCUGAUUUUCUCUUUACUCUGCUUCUAAACUGUUCUCAACAUAACUAAAAUUUUAAUUCUAAGGUUUAUGCGUGCAAUGUAUAUCAUGCAUUGAUGCAUCUUCGUUGUAUAAAUUAAUGAAGCUAUUUUCAA